CACUCGAUUGCACUAUUCUUUCAUUUCGCUUCACUUUAAUACUACUACUACUACUACUACUACUAUCUUUGUUGAACGAACGAGUGUGGAGUUUCCAUUUCUUCUUCCAACGACGUCGUUUAGCUGUCGUGUAUUAGGGUUAGGGUUAGUCGAUUUGGGGGUUAUUGAGUGAAACCCUAGGUGUUAUGAAGCAGUAUCGUGUAGCUGUAUCGUUGGGGUUGAGUUGAUCCGACGGUCGAGAUCUCGUCAACGGAUGGAGGGAGGUAGCGUCUCUACUACUACACUUACUUCUUCUGGGAUAUACAGAUGGAUUACAAUGACAAUGAUUAUCAAAGUCAUUUAAGUGGUGAAGACAGCUCCAAAGUUUCCUCUGUUUUGCAUCCCUAUGCUCUUCCCAAGUUCGAUUUUGACGAUAGUCUUCAGGGGCAUUUAAGAUUUGACAGCUUAGUUGAGAACGAGGUUUUCCUUGGUAUCCCCACUCAGGAAGACAAUCAUUGGAUAGAGGAUUUUUCUCGGGGAAGUAGUGGAAUAGAGUUCAGUUCAAGUGCUACAGAUUCUUGCUCCAUACCAAGACGUAAUAAUGUCUGGUCUGAGGCAACAUCAACAGAAUCUGUUGAAAUGUUAUUGAAAUCAGUUGGUCAGGAAGAAAUGGUUCGAGGGGACACUAUUAUGGAGGAGUCAGAUGCUGGUAAUGAAUUGGGUUGCUUAAUCCAGCCAGCAGCAUCUAGUUUGAAGUUGGAUGAUAAAAGAGAUGAUGUUAAAGGCUCCAGCUCAGCAGCUCCUGCGGACGAGUCAGUUGAGUUUACUGGUUCAUUUUCUAGGUGUGAGAGAACAAAGAUAGAAGAUGUUCAUAUUGUAUGUGCUCCAGAAAGGCAGGGGAUGGGACCUAUUGCUGAUGGAUGUUCUGACAUUGCUGGUGAGAGAUGUUCUGAAGUUAAUACUGAGGAGAAGUUACAGACUGAAAUAAAAAGUGUUGAUGAGAAUCUAGGGGAAGCUAAAACAUUACAAAGUGAAUCUCUACCUGAUAACUCUAAUAGGCAACCAUCCGUUCCUGUAAUUCAAAGUGCAAUUAACGAGUGUCUUACAGAUUCUCUUCCUGCGAGUACAGAGAUUUUGGCUAGUCAGCAUAAUUCAACCAACUGUCAUAGUGGGAAUACAAGUGGUCUACCAAGUGAACACCACAAACCAGAGGAGAAACAAAUAUCUGUGAGCAAAGAGUCGAGUAUGGGUGAUGAGAAGUCCCGUGGAUGUGCUGUUGAAAGUGAAACCUGUACCUCUAAUGCCAGUCCUCCCUCUCUUGCUUCUUUAAAACUUGAAGUAGUCAAAGAGAUUCCAACUGAAACCAGAAUGAUUAAAUCAGAGGAACCUUGUGUGCAGGAUAGUGAAUGCGGUCUUAGUACUGAGGGAUGCAAAGAAGAUAUUUCUUCUGUAGGAUCAGCUGAGAGGGUUUUCUCCAAAGACUUGAAAGAUAAUCUACAGGUUGUAGGUAAUAGCAUACUAUGUGAGGUUAAGGAGGCAUCUGUAAGUUCGAUUUGUUUAGAUACGAGAGACACCGAUAACCAAGAAGGCAGCUCCAAGGGUCGGAUAGAGAAGGUAUCUUCUAUGCAGAUGUCAGAUGGACUGACUGCUUCCCCUGAGAAAGAGGUGAAUAAUCUGGACGGUCAUUCCCCACUUAAUCUUGUCACUUCGGAGGCAUGUGCAGUAUCAGAGAUCUCUGAGCCGUCAAAAGAGAAUAAUGGUAAUGGUAUUCAUUCUUUAGAAGGUUCAAGUAAUAUACAAGAGGCAUCUGUUUCUACUGAACUUGUGGAGACGCCAGUACCUGAGAAUUUAGAAACUGGAAAUGAUGCUGAUAGGGUUUCCCAAGGAUAUGCAUGUGCUGGAGACCAUGUCCCCUUGCCUGUGCCUGCUGGAUCCAUGGACAUAUGUGGAGAAAGCUUCUCCCGUGUGGUUGAUGUUGAUACUACUAAUGCAGAUGUCUCUGGUGAUAAGGAACAGGAGAAAGUGCUGCCUGUGGAAAAUGAGAUGGAGAGAUCAUGUGUGCGUGACCAUGGGGUUAGAUCCUCCUCUAUGGAGGGAGAAUCUGAACAAAUCUCUGACCAAGGUCAUAGAUCAAAAUUUGAAUCUUCCACAUUGAAUAAUCAAGCAUUAGAUGUUGGGUUUGACGAUAGGAACUUAAUCUUAGGUGGUGACUCAGUGAGUGUUCCGUUGCUUUCUGGUAGUGAUGCAAUUGCAACUGAAAUAGUUGAUCAUGAUGAAAAGUUGAAGCCAGUGUCGGUUAUGGGAGGUUCUGGUCAUUUUGCAGGAAAGGGAGAAAUGCAAGUUGUUCUCAGUGCGGAAGCAGAAGUGUCAACAGUUAAGGAGUCUUCUGAGGGGGCAGGCCAGGUACGUCCCCUGUCCAACGAUGGAAAAGAUGCUGGUGACUGUUGUAUGGAAAUAAAACCUAUGGUUGUUGAGCCGAAUGUUCUUGCUCAGGAUAAUCCUGACACGGCAAGCCAUGUUGAGCAAGCGGCAAUUGCUGAAGCAAAUAUUGAGUGCUGCAAGCAUGUGGAAGAAUGUGCAACCAAUAGUGGUUCAAUCAUCAAAGAGGAUGCUGUUUUUGGAGCUGGAGCUGAGGCUGCGCCUCUUGAAAAGAAUAAGGAGAUGAAAAGAGAAACAGUGAAAUUGGUAGAAGUUGGAGUUGAGGGAAGUUCGGACGUUAUUGGUGGACGUAAAGAAGAUUCUGUUGCUGUCCAAAGUUGUACUGCGCUUUCACUAAGUGAAAAGAAAACGACCAAGAGCCGAAGAAGGGCUGUAGUUAAGAAUGUUGCUCCCCUUGUCGAUACAACUGAAAUUGGUGGUAAAGCACAGCCCACCUCCAUAGCUUCAGGAGAAAAUGCUUCUAAUAAAGCAGAUAGGAGCUUUACUUUUGAUGUAAGUCCAUUGGUUGGUAAUGCUAAGGGAGAAGCUGACAAAUCAAUCACCAGUACUCAAGCCUGCCUUCCAACUGAGUUGAAGGCUGGGGAUAGACUACAUUUGACAUCUGCCAGCAAGCAAACUGAUACUAAGAUCAUGCAGGAAAUUUCUCAUGCAAGUCCUCUGGUACCUGAUAAAGGGACUCCAUCUGGGGGUGCCAAGAGUGAUCGCAAGGCAAGACGCGGCUCAGGGAAAUCAGGUAAAGAAAACCCUAGGAAGGGAAGCCAAUUGAAGGAAAUAAACUCAUCGAAGCAGUCGGAUAGAGGAAAUAAAUCUUCUGUUCAGUGUAGCCCCUCUGUGGCUGUGCAGAAAAUGCAAUUUGAAGCGGGAACUGUUGAACGCAAUAUUACAAAGUCCAGCGGGGCUGUUUCCUUUCCAACUUCAAAUUUACCUGAUUUGAACACUUCUUCUCCUGCAUCUGUAUUGUUCCAUCAGCCUUUCACAGAUCAACAACAAGUGCAACUGCGAGCUCAAAUUUUUGUUUAUGGGACUCUGAUACAAGGUACAGCACCAGACGAGGCUUGUAUGGUUUCAGCUUUUGGGACAUCUGAUGGAGGCCGAAGUCUUUGGGAACCUGCAUGGCGUGCUUGUGUUGAAAGGGUUCAUGGACAGAGAUCUCGCGGUGGAAACAAUGAAACUCCAUCUCAUCCACGUUCAGAAAUGAGAAAUGCAGGUCCCAGAACUCCAGAUCAAGCAAACAAGCAGGCUGUGCAUCAAAAUAAAGUUACUACUUCGGCAGCUGGACGAGCAAGCGGCAAGGCUACCAAUUCACCUGUUAUUAGUCCAAUGGUAUCACUUUCGUCCCCUCUUUGGAAUAUGCCUACUCCCUCCCGCGAUGGGCUAUCCUCCGCCAGAGGAGCUGUUGUUGAUUAUAAGGCACUUUCUUCUAUGCAUCCCUAUCAGACUCCACCAGCACAAACUUUUGUGGGGCACACUGCCUCUUGGCUACCACAAGCCCCUUUUCCUGGUCCGUGGGUUGCUUCUCCACAAAAUUCUGCAUUUGAUAUUAGUGCACAGCUUCCUGCAUUGCCUGUUACAGAGUCUGUGAAAUUAACCCCUGUAAAGGAGUCAUCCUUGUCCAUUUCUGCUGGUGCAAAGCAUGCACCGCCUGGUUCGGUGGCUCAUGCUGGGGAUAGUGGUAUCCUGUCUGGAGCUUCUCUGCAUGAAAACAAGCAGGCCUCAGUGUUGCCUGCCCAGUAUUCAGCUGAUCAGAAAUCUAGAAAGAGAAAAAAGGCAUCCAGUACUGAGGAUCGUGCUCAAAAAACCAAGCUUGGCACCUCUUCUGAAUCAGUUACUGCCCCUGUCGUUUGUACUCAGUUAUCAAAUAAGGCUCCUUCAUCUGAUGAGUUUGGCCAGUUAUCAUCAGUUGCUGUUGUACCGUUGGUUGCUCAUGGCCAGACAGGAGCUGCAUCUGUUCCCAUAAUUGGUGGCCAUUUUUCUACAUCAGUUGUCAUCGCACCACCUUCUAGCUCUGUACCUAAAAACACUUCUGAAAUACCGAUCACCUCAGGCCCAUCUUCCGCUGGUAUCUGUAAGAGAGAGCUCGAUUUAGGGAAAAAGACCAAAACUUCAAAUAACUUGAGCAAAGUUGAGGAAGCUAAGCUGCAGGCAGAGGAUGCUGCCACAAAUGCUGCUGCUGCAGUUAGUCACUGCCAAGAUGUGUGGAGCCAGUUAGAUAAUAACAAGAAUUCUGAUUUGCCGUCGGAUAUUGAGGUUAAGCUGACAUCUGCUGCCGUUGCUGUAGCAGCUGCUACUUCUGUUGCAAAGGCAGCCGCUGCAGCUGCUAAGCUUGCAUCAAAUGCUGCAUUGCAAGCUAAACUGAUGGCGGAUGAGGCAAUGAUGGCAUAUGAUGCGAAUAAUCCUUCUCAAACCAAUGCGGCCGCUUUCCCUAAUAUUGUGAACAACUUGGGGAGUGCCACUCCUGCUUCAGUACUGAAAGGUCAAGAUGUUGGCAAUGGUUCUAGUUCAAUUAUAUUUGCUGCUAGGGAGGCGUCGAGGAGAAGGAUAGAAGCAGCUUCAGCUGCAUCAAGGCAUGCUGAGAAUUUGGAUGCUAUAGUUAAGGCUGCGGAAUUGGCAGCUGAAGCUGUGUCACAUGCCGGGAAAGUUGUUACGUUGGCUGAUCCUUUGCCUCUGACUCAAUUAGUAGAAGCUGGUCCAGAUAGCUACUGGAAAGUUUCCCAAACACUCUCUGGGCAGGUUGUCAAGGCAAACAAGGUAAAUGAGGAUGAAUCGGCUAUCCCCAUCGUUGAAAAGGCUCCUGGCAUCUUUUCCAAGCGAUCUGAGGGUCCAUCUGUUGAAGAGAUGCAUCCCACGAUCCCUGAUUUCCAGCCUACUACUGUAUCUGGUAAUAUCGUUGAGGACGACAUGAGGAAUGAAGAAGUUAUUCAAACUCCCGUUACAGGUGUUGAGAAGGAUGUAAGAGGAGCAAAGGGUCAUAGUAAGCCAGAGGGGAGUAAGACGAUAGGCCUAGUUGCCGAGUCAUCCCAUGAUCUGGUGGAAGCAUGUGGAGACGUCGAAAGCUCUAGGAUGCAAGAGGGUUCCCUCGUGGAGGUUUUUAAAGAUAGUGAUGAUGGUAAGAGAGCCUGGUACUCUGCCAAAGUGUUGACCUUGAAGAACGGAAAAGCUCUUGUUUGUUACACCGACCAUCAGUCUGAUGAAGGACUUGAACAGUUAAAGGACUGGGUACCUCUAGAUGUUGGAAGUGAUGAACUACCAAGGAUACGUCCUGUGCAUCCAGUGACUGCUUUGCAAGGAGAGAAAAAGAGACGAAGAGCAGCUGUUAAGGAGUAUACUUGGUAUGUAGGAGAUAGAGUUGAUGCAUGGAUUGACUACCGCUGGCGCGAGGGUGUCAUUGCGGAGAAGAACAAAAGGGACGAGACUACAUUUAGUGUCAACUUUCCAGCUUAUGGAGAUACUGCAGUUGUCAGAGCAUGGCAUCUCCGACCAACUCUUGUAUGGAAGGAUGGAGAGUGGGUUGAGUUGUCUAGGUCAAGACAUGACUUCUUGUCCCAGAGUGAUACACCUAAGGAGAAGCGAAUGAAGCUGGGCAAUCAUGCUGGUGAGGAUACUGGAAAUGACGGUCUAUCAAAAAAAAUGGAUCCAUUGGUGCCAGUGACAAAUGAACCAGCAACACUGCUUCCUUUGUCUGUCAAUGAAAAAACAUUUAAUAUUGGGAUUAGCAAAGAUGACGAUAAGCCCAACACUCUUCGUACAAUGAGGUCUGGUUUGCAGAAAGAGGGAUCAAAAGUUUUUGGUGUUCCUAAACCAGGAAAGAAAAGGAAGUUUAUGGAAGUGAGCAAGCAUUAUGAUUCAGACAAGGGAUCUAAGAGUAACGUGCCACCUGGUUCAGCCAAGUUCACAAAAUAUUUGAUGCCUCAAGCAACAGGAACUGGUGGAUGGAAGAUCAAUUCUAGAACUGAUCUGAAGGAGAAACAGGCAAUUGAAGCUCGACGGAAACUUCCUAAACCAGGUAAGCCUCCUAGUUCAGCUAGAAAUUUGAAGGAUAAUAGUAUUACAUCCACUGGAGAUGCUAGCGGAGCUGACCACACGGUAGGUGAGGCAAUUGUGUAUGAUAAGCAUGAAGCAAAACAGCCUAAUGUGGUUAAUUUUGUGUCAAAUGCGGAAGAAGGGGCUGAAGAUCCCGUGAAAUUUCGUUCCGAAGCUCUUCCCACCAACAUACCAAAGAAAGCUUCAACAUCAUUAAACAGAGGGGAGGGCAUGAAGAAGAAAAUCCCCGUAUCCAAUUUGAAGUCGAGUAAAGUUGAACUAAAGGACAAAAUGAUACCUGAAACUAAUGAACCCCGCAGGUCAAACCGAAGGAUUCAACCAACAUCAAGGUUAUUGGAGGGACUACAAAGCUCGUUGAUCAUCUCUAAGUUACCAUCUGUUUCACAUGAUAAAAGUAGCAGAAGUCACAGCAGGGGUGCAUCAAGGUAAGUGGAAGUGGAGAAGUGCUUUCAAAUGUUUCUGCUCAGCCUGGAUUAUCUGUUUAGCUAUCAGAUGAUUAGGAUGUCCUAGUGUUUAAUGUUCUCCUGUACAUUUAAUUAUAGAGAUGAAAAUUGGGAAUGGAAGUUCUCACUUCCUGGCUGUAAAAUUUAGGCAGUAGAUGUUCAUAAUGAUUUAGGUCCUUUCCAGAAUUUGUGAAGGACUAUGCUAGCUGGAAUAGGUUGUAAAUGGGAUUGUUGGUGUCAGUGGUCAAAAAUUGCUAGAGUUACUUUGAGACGAUCGUAAUCUUCAAGUAUUUGCAGCCUUCUCGCCAAAAAAGUUUCGCUCUUUUAUGUCACCUUAAGACUAGUAUCCCAUAUUUUUUCCUACCUUGCAUUGUGAUUGGAAAUUUGUUUCAUUUUUUGCUCUUAUGUCAUUACUCAAAAAGAUGAAACGCGCAGUGUUGCUGCUCCAUUUACCAAAUCCAAAAGUAUGCAAAUGUAAGUUUCUUUGGCUGGCAA